AUGUCGAAGAUGCUGUCCCUUCGCUCCGCCGUGCGGAGAGCUUCCACCAAGCCCCUCCGGUCCUUCUCCGCACCGCACACUCCCCUCCGUGCCGGCCUCACUGCCAGUGUCAAACUGUCGAAUGCCCGUCACCAGACUCGUGCCUACUCGCGAGCCACCGACCCUUCGCUCAGCUCGACCCGCAGCACCGUCGUUCAGCUGCUGAGCAACAUCGGCUCCAAGCGUGAGGUCCAGCAGUACUUGUCCCACUUCACCUCGGUCUCGUCCCAGCAGUUCGCCGUCAUCAAGGUCGGCGGUGCCAUUAUUACCGAGCACCUCCAGACCCUGUCAUCCGCGCUCGCGUUCCUGAACCAUGUCGGUCUGUACCCGAUCGUCGUCCACGGCGCCGGUCCCCAGCUCAACAAGAUGCUGGAGGACGCCGGUGUCGAGCCCCAGUUCGAGGACGGUAUCCGUGUGACUGAUGGCAAGACUCUGUCGCUGGCCCGCAAGCUGUUCCUGGAGGAGAACAUGAAGCUGGUUGAGGAGCUGGAGCGCAUGGGCAUCCGUGCCCGUCCCUUGACCGCAGGUGUCUUCUCCGCCGACUACCUCGACAAGCCUAAGUACAACCUGGUCGGUAAGAUCAAUGGCGUCGACAAGAAGCCCAUUGAGUCCGCCAUUGCCGCGGGCUGCCUGCCCAUCCUGACCUCCAUGGCCGAGACCCCUGAUGGUCAGGUCCUGAACGUCAACGCCGAUGUCGCCGCCGGUGAGCUGGCCCGCGCUCUGCAACCGCUGAAGAUUGUCUAUCUGGCCGAGAAGGGCGGUCUCUUCAACGGUGACACUGGUGAGAAGAUCUCCGCCAUCAACCUCGACGAGGAGUACGACCACCUGAUGAAUCAGUGGUGGGUCCGCCACGGCACUCGCCUCAAGAUCAAGGAGAUGAAGGAGCUUCUGAGCGACCUGCCCCGCUCUUCUAGUGUGGCGAUCAUUCACCCGGCCGACCUGCAGAAGGAGCUGUUCACCGACUCCGGUGCCGGUACCCUGAUCCGCCGUGGUAACAAGGUGCACGUCCGCACCUCUUUCUCCGAGAUCGAGGACAUUCAGCAGCUGAAGGAGGUGCUGAUUCGCGACCGUGAGGGUCUCGAUGCCCGCGCCGUCGUUGACCGCUACGUCGAGGGCCUGAAGGAGAACGACUUCAAGAUCUACUACGAUGACCCCAUGGAGGCUCUGGCCGUGGUCCUGCCCCCUCAGCAGGGCUCUCUGAUUGCUCAGCUGGCCACCUUCACCAUUACUAAGUCUGGCUGGUUGACCAAUGUCGCCGACAACGUCUUCCAGAGCGUCAAGAAGGACUUCCCCAAGCUCGCCUGGACUGUCAAGGAAGACGACGAGAACCUGACCUGGUUCUUCGACAAGGCCGACGGCAGCCUGAGCCGUGACGGCCAGGUUCUGUUCUGGUACGGUGUCGAGAACGGCGAGGAGGUCAAGCAGCUGGUGCAGGAGUUCACUAAGAACGGCCGCCAGAUGUUCGGUGACAUCAACCUCGAGUCCCGCCUCCACCGCGCUCACCAGGCCGCUACCAAGUUCGCCAAGGGCCACGGUCUGAGCGGCGCCUCUGCUGAGCAGAAGCGUGCUUUCUCUUCCACUUCCAAUGCCCUUCGUGCCUCCCGUGUGCGUCCCACCGUGGCCGUCAACGCCAUGCGUACCUACGCCACCACCAACCCUAACCCUCCUCUUGGUGAGAAGAACGCUUCCAACUCCACCCCGGCCAAGGUUGCCCUCAUCGGUGCCCGUGGCUACACCGGCCAGGCUCUGAUCAAUCUGCUCAACGCCCACCCAAACAUGGAUCUCCGUCACGUCUCCUCGCGUGAGCUGGCUGGCAAGAAGCUCCAGGGCUACAACAAGCGGGAGAUCAUCUACGAGAACCUUAGCCCCGAGGACGUUCGCAAGAUGUCCGAGAACGGCGACAUCGACUGCUGGGUCAUGGCCCUUCCCAACGGUGUCUGCAAGCCUUUCGUCGAUGCCGUCGACCAGGGCUCCGAGAAGGGCAAUGUCAUUGUCGACCUGAGCGCCGACUACCGCUUCGACAGCAAGUGGACCUACGGUCUGCCUGAGCUCGUUGACCGUUCCCUCAUCGCUCGUGCCACCCGCAUUGCCAACCCCGGCUGCUACGCCACCGCUGCCCAGCUCGGUAUCUCUCCUCUCGUCCCCUUCUUGGGCGGCCAGCCCACCACCUUCGGUGUCUCUGGCUACUCGGGCGCCGGCACCAAGCCCAGCCCCAAGAACGACGUUCAGUUCCUCACCAACAACAUCAUUCCCUACAGCCUGACGGACCACAUCCACGAGCGAGAGAUCAGCGCUCAGCUGGGCACCAGCAUCGCGUUCAUCCCCCACGUCGCUGUCUGGUUCCAGGGUAUCUCCCACACCAUCAGCAUUCCCCUCGCGAAGGAGAUGACCUCCCGUGACAUCCGCAACCUCUACCAGGAACGUUACGCCGGCGAGAAGCUCGUCAAGAUUACCGGCGAGGCUCCCCUGGUUAAGGACAUUGCCGGCCGUCACGGCGUCGAGAUCGGCGGUUUCGCCGUCCACUCUAGCGGCAAGCGUGUCGUUGUCUGCGCCACCAUCGACAACCUGCUCAAGGGUGCCGCCACCCAGUGCCUACAGAACAUGAACCUCGCCCUGGGCUACUCCGAGUACGAGGGUAUUCCCCUGGAGUAA